UUUGAUUGCGUCGUCGUUCCAGAAUAUGAUGAAAUGACUUCCAGGAUAUUUAUUAAAAAGUAAAUACAAGAAAUUUCGUUUUCAUUAGCCCAGGUAGAACAAUUGGGCGUCAAACACCGUUUCAUUUCAUUUGAUACGGAACAUCUUGUUUUAUAUAGCAUUAAGGGGUCUGUUCUAUUGAAGGGCAUUCUUAGAACUGAAAGCUAAAUAUGAACCCGUUCAACAGGAAAUCAAAGAAAAAAAAGAAGGAGCAACAGAUGCUUCGUAUUAUUGGUAGUUUGGAGGAUAUCCAGGAGAGGGUAGAGAGGAGCGAAAUGUUGUUGGCCGAAAAAACAGAGGAAAGGUACAACCUCCCGCCAAUAUGGAACUCUGAGAGAGAAAAAAGUUACAGCGCCAAUGAAAUCAUGAAUAACAGAGCUUGUUAUUCAGCGUCAUACUUUCCUCGAUCAACACCAAGACUUACAAGGGUGGAUAGUGGUUUUUCAAGCAUAGAAAGUCUAAAGUGUGAAAUAGUAGAAAUGAAGACAAUGUACGAGCAAAGACUACAACAGAAUGAAGAUCUCAUCCGACAAUUGCUUGAAAAUAGGAAUCGCCCAAACAUUGGAAGGGAUGAACUACUUUACGAAGAAAGCGAUGAUUUAAUCUCUGAUUCAGCUUAUGCCACAGCACUUGGAUAUUCUAUGGUUGACUUCAUAGACAAUCUCCAUCCAGGUCCCAUCUUAGAUAAGCUGGUGAGUAAAGAAAUAGUAGGUAGAAGAGAAGACGAAUCCAUUCGCGGUGAAAAGACACGAGAAAGUAAGACACGACUAUUAAUCACAAUUUUACGAAAGAAAUCUCCCGAAAAAAUUGAAGAGUUCUUGGAAGUUUUAAAUUCUGACCCAGCCUAUGCACAUCUCUAUAAACAGGUCAAGCAAAGACUGGUGACAGGACCUAGAAGUAGGGUAUGCGAAUUUUGUUACAUCUCUCAUCACGUAGACAUCAGGCUCAUAGCCGAUCAGAUGUGCGUAACACUGAGACCAGAUGACUACCGUUCUUUAACUAAUGAAAAGAUGGCAAUCACUACGAGAUGGCAAAAGAUGAAUGAAUUAACCCGAACUUCAGCAAAAAUCAGUAAAGAUUUUGUCCAAGCCCUGGAGUACAAAUACCCCGAUAUAGCGGCUAAAGUAAAGCUUAACCCAAUGAGAUGUAGUCUGGAUUGUCGCUGCCCAAAUGAACACAGACGAAUUUCCAGAAACAGCGUGAGCACGGAUGAUAUUCCACUAAUGUUAUCCGAUCCGUCCCUGAUUUACGAAGAUGACGAGGAGCUGUCUACAAUUAGCCGUUAUUUCAAAGACGAAGAGGCUUCAACGUCACGAGGCACACCGAGGAACAACGCAAUUGCUGAUAUGCCGACAGGGGUAUUGAGUAAAACCUAUGAAAUAUGCAAUGGGUCACCAAAAACCAAGUUAAUUGAGGAAGACACUACAUUGCAGAAAGACAAAUGGUCGAGAUCUUUCAAAAUGGUGUUGGGCUUCAUGAUGUUAUUGUUUAUAUAUUCCAUGAUUUUGAGUACCACAGUUUCAGUUGGUAAAGUCAGUAAAGUUAUGGUAGAUACGGUGUACAAAAUAUCCCUUCAAGUUGUCGAGUUCUCAAUGGAACACCUCAUUUGGAUUUAUGGGUAAUAUUAUCGCAUUAUUUCUAUUACGCGUACCUAUUGUAUUUUAAGACGAUUUGGGGACUCUUCGGAGAACAUUAAACCAUUAUUUCAAGUAAAUAAUGGAUUCGCCUAUCCGAUUUUCCGAAGAUAUAUGAAAGAGACAGAAUUCGAGUUGCACCUGUUCGGUAAAAAAAAAUCCAAAUUACAAGUACUACAUUCCGCAAUACACAUUUCUAAAAACUGAUAGCAUUUUUCUUUACUUGUAUUUUAUUUUUUAUCCAAGUUUAAUGUUCUAGUAUUACCGCAUUACUAUUAUUAGUUUAUUAUUCUUUAAGAAAAAACAAAUAGUCAUUUUAUUUGGUAUAUUCUAAAAAGAUACAGUUGGAGUGGAUUAAGAGUGUUUUCGAUAAUUGGCAGACUUUAUUUGCGUCUUUGAGUGAAGAUGGCUCAAUUAAUAUUAAUCAGAUUGGUGUGAACCUGCCGUAAAGUGUAUAUAGUAAUCACUGGCUAUAAGUACAGAAAAAAUAUUCUGACCAUUUUAUGCGCUCUUUAAACAUGCAUUAUUACAGGUCUUUCUUUGGGCAUUAAUUAAUGUUAUCUAAAUUAUUAAUGAUGCAUAUUAAUUAACUUGCCAAGACCAUAAUUAACUCUCGAUGCCAUCGGGUGCCUGCGAUAUUUAGUGGAUUUGAACACGUAUUUUGGUGGAUGAAAUAAUCAUAAUUAUUUGAUAAUCGAGACUUUGUUUAUUAUCGUAACAACCGUAGUAAUGACGAUCAAGGCUAGCAUAAAACGGAAACGCUAAUAUCUAGGUUCAGAGUGAAGCGAUUUGACUGAAAAUAUUUAGCAUAUUCUAUUUUCAUUAUCUAUUUUGUAACCAUUAUAGCGAAAACUGUUAGCUCUUCAUCUAAUCUUACCUAAGGCCACUUUUAAGUAAAAUGGCACAUCCUUACAUACAUAAAAUUCUUCGUGAUAUUUCGCCUUUUCGAUUUCCCGAAGAUUAAUGAAAGAGAGAGAAUUCGAUCUGAAUCGGUUCGAUAAUUAAAGUCCAAAUAACAAGUACUACAGUUAAGCAACUUGCAACUGUCUUAAAAUAAAUCUUCGUGAUUAUUCGCAUUUUCGAAAUCCUGAAGAUUUAUGAAAAAGGCGGCAUUCGAUUUGAACCUGUUCGAUAAUGCAAAUCCAAAUAACAAAUUGGGCCUACUAUACUUAAGCAAAUUGUUUAAAAUAAAUCUUUGUGAUAUUUAGCCUUACAUACAUAAAAUUCUUCGUGAUAUUUCGCCUUUUCGAUUUCCCGAAGAUUUAUGAAAGAGAGAGAAUUCGAUUUGAAUCGGUUCGAUAAUUAAAGUCCAAAUAACAAGUACUACAGUUAAGCAACUUGCAACUGUCUUAAAAUAAAUCUUCGUGAUUAUUCGCAUUUUCGAAAUCCUGAAGAUUUAUGAAAGAGGCGGCAUUCGAUUUGAACCUGUUCGAUAAUGCAAAUCCAAAUAACAAAUUGGGCCUACUAUACUUAAGCAAAUUGCUUAAAAUAAAUCUUUGUGAUAUUUAGCCUUACAUACAUAAAAUUCUUCGUGAUAUUUCGCCUUUUCGAUUUCCCGAAGAUUUAUGAAAGAGAGAGAAUUCGAUCUGAAUCGGUUCGAUAAUUAAAGUCCAAAUAACAAGUACUACAGUUAAGCAACUUGCAACUGUCUUAAAAUAAAUCUUCGUGAUUAUUCGCAUUUUCGAAAUCCUGAAGAUUUAUGAAAGAGGCGGCAUUCGAUUUGAACCUGUUCGAUAAUGCAAAUCCAAAUAACAAAUUGGGCCUACUAUACUUAAGCAAAUUGCUUAAAAUAAAUCUUUGUGAUAUUUAGCCUUUCCGAUUUCCCGAAGAUUUAUGAAAGAGACCGAAUUUGAGUUUAAUACAUGUGUUCAAUAAUGAAAAUCCAAAUUACAAGUACUACUUAAAAGAUACAUUAUGGGAGAUUCGACAACGAGUUGGCAGUUCUCACUACAAUAGUUAAAAUCUAGAUAAUGUAAUGGAAAUUUGCUGAAAAUUUCAUCCAAAUUGAUUCACUAUGAUCCGAGAACUAAGCGAUUGAAAUUUCCGCCUAGCCUCGAUCAUCAUUCCUAAAGUCAGUACGAUAAACAGCAUAGUCUCGAUUAUCCAUUUAAUCGUUAAAAUCGUGAAGGAAAGUUAUGCAGUAAAUCGGCUCAUAAUCCACUAAAGAUCACAGGCUAGCGAUGCCAUCUAGAGUUGAUUAUGGUCUGGAUAGGUUAAUUAAUGUCUAAUUAAAAAUUUAGAUAACAUUUCAGGGGCGGUAUUUAUAAAAAUUCUAAGAGUUUCCUAACUUUGUAGAUUUUCCUAAGACCUAUUUAUAAAACAUUUUACUUUAAGAAUUACUCCUAACUAUGACACAUAUUUAGGAGUCCUCCUGUAGCACUCCUAACUUGUUAAAAGUACUCUUAUCUUGGUUAACAUGGCCGUCCGUGUACGCCGCCUAAGAGAGUUUAAAACAAGAAGAGAUUUCUUAGUGGAGUACAACAAUGACGAGUUGAUAAGGAGAUAUCGAAUGGACAUGGGUGGGAUUCUUUUUGUGACAGAUUUAGUUCGGCAUCUACUUACGAGUCCUACUAAACGAAAUUUCUCAAUCGACGCUGAGAUGAAGAUCGCCAUUACGCUUCGUUUCCUCGCUACUGCAACUGUGUAGUGGUGACGAUUUCGGCGUCAGUCAACCUACAGUGAGUAGAGUGAAUGCAUGACAUCAACACUGAGCUAUAAAUAACUUCAGGGAAUCCCCGGAUUUCCCAUGGUUACAUCGCUAAGAGUUUGGUUAGGACCCAAGUCUUACAUUUAGUUAAAAGUAACUCUAAGACCCUUUAUAAAUAUUUCUAAAGAGUAACUUUUAACUAAAUGUUGUUUUAGGAAGUCUUAGAGUAAAAGUUAUGAAAACUCUAAGAAUUUUUAUAAAUACGGCCCCAGAUCUUUAAAAAAAAACCUGCAAUAGACAGAUUUAGCUCUUGCAUAAUGUAUGUUAAAGCAAAUUUCAACUAUUCCAAAAGAUUUAUGAAAGAGAAAGAAUUCGAGUUGCACCUGUUCGAUAAUAACAAUCCAAAUUACAAGUACUAAAUUCCGCAAUACCCAUUUUUAAAAACUGAUAGCAUUUUUCUUUACUUGUUUGUUUUUUGUUUAAUAUUUAUUUGUGUUCUUCUUCUUUGCUGUUUAUCUACCCGUGACAGUACAGCACAGCAGAUAUUUAGGGCUUAUAUUUUACAUUUUAUUUCCAUUUAAGUUCAAUAUUAUAUUUUUACAUUAUCAUAACAUUACUACUAUAAUUUUAUUAUUCUUUUUUUUAAAAAAUAAAAAAAGUAUUUUAUUUGGUAUUUAACACAAACAUGUACAAUAUAACAUGUUAGCUAUGUGACUUCCUCAAAUGUGAAGUGGUAUACAUGUAAGUUGUACCCCACCUCGUGUACAGCACCUGUCACUACUUUGGAAUUGGACUUUAAAAGCUGAUACCUUGAGGACAAAGGUCAUAAAUAUAAUUUUUCUUUUACGAACAUCCCCGCAACCCGUUCCCAAGAUUCGGGAGACCGUCCCUUUUCCGGGCAAUGUAUUUCCGUUUUUCGGCCACAAACAUCAGAGAAUGAGACCAUAUAUCAUAUAAAUAUAAUUGUAAAUGGAAAUCACUCGAGGUCUACGUUUUGAAUACUCGUUUUAGUUCAUGAUUGAUUCAUUCUGAAAAUUCGGAUGACAAACAAAAUUUGGGGGAAAAUAGCCUCAGCCGCCAGAACUGAGAUUGGCCCUUACGCCUAUGACAAAACCACUUGUUGCUUUCAUGUCUAGUGAUGGUUAUGUUUAGAUAAUUGAUAUUCUGUGUAUAGUUUAUUAUUUUUUUUGUUUUCUCUAUUACUCAAUGUCUACUAAGGUUUAAAAAUAUAUUUAUUAUUUUCUUUUAUGUUUCGCUUUCCUUUGAUGUGUGCCAUAUAACUUUUUAUGUUAUUAAUUUUUUGUUGUGUUUUUGUUAGAAUUAUUAGUAUUGUAUCAUACUAGAUAAUGCAUAUCGCAACUCAUAUAUUAUCAACUGACCCCAUGUUUAGACCACAUGAAGUACGAGGUUUUAACUAAAAUAUAACCCUUUAAAAAACUUUUGUUAUGUAAAUGUAUCAAAUACAUCAGUAAGAAACUAUGUGCAAAUUUUUUGUGUUGGAUCAAAGAUAUUUCUCAUAUUAACAUUAACAAGGAUUGAAAGUUGAGUAAAUUCUUAACUUAAGUCUGAGAAUGCUUUGUGAAACCGGGGCCUGAUAUAAAAUAUAUUAUAUUGAAAUAAAAGUGGUUGUUUAAAUGUUCCUCUUUGACCUUUCGCGUCUUUUCUUAGUCUGGAGGGAUGUUAAGGGAGACAACUACUAUAACUUUCCGAUGAUUAUUAAACGUUUUAACCACAAUUACUCCAUGUGGCCUACAUGUAUUAUUUAUUCCUAAAACAAAAAUGGCACAAUAAAUAUAUAAAGAUUGGGUAUUAAAUUAUGAUAUGAUUGUUAAUAUAUGAGUAGUAAAUACAUUUUAUAAUUAAACUAUUAUAUCUUUA